UGAUAAAUAUGAAAAAUAGUAAAUAAGAUCAAAAUGAAUAUAAAAUAUGUACGUGUUUGUUAAUUGAAAUGAAUAAGAAACGUGUAUGUACCAGUUAAUUUCUAUAGCUCGUAUUAGAAAUAGAAAACACUAUUAACCUAAAAGUUUUAGUAGAGUUGAGAGCGUAGUUAACAAACGAACAAAGUACUUUCAUAGAAUAUGCGAAUGUAAGCGAAUGUUCAAAUUUCAAAUUAAAAAAUGCCAACAGUUAUAGCAUUGGAUGUAUCUCUGUCAAUGAGACGUCCAAUAUUAGGAAAUGUAACUUGUGAGAAUAAUCCAAACGAACAGUUGACAAGGCAUCAUCUAGCUAUACACGGAAUAAAUGCAUUAUUACAUUAUCUACAAGUAAAUUCGAAGCUGGAAUUUGUAUCUUUAGUUGUGUUUUCUUCUUUGUACGAAGUCAUUUGCCCCUUCACGCGUGACUAUGAUAGUAUACGUGCUAAACUACAAAAUAUAGAAGAAUGUGACAAGACGUGCAUUGAGACUGCUCUUCACGGAGUUAACAAUGUUAUUAUGGCAGAGUGGGGUAAUACCACAGCCUGUCAGGUAGUUUUAAUUACGGAUGGUAAUCCUGGAGUUGGUCCAAUGUCAUUAGGUGAUUCUCUGAAUUCUUUAAAUAUAACCAGAGAUGUAAAUCCAUUUCCAUUACCUUUUCCAUAUCCAGGAAAGUUAAGUAUCGUAUGCAUUGCGCCACAACAAGAUGCUGGUUUGCACGUGGGUUUGCCACUUUAUCAAAGACUAGUUGAAUUGGCUGGUGGUGAUAGCGUAGUACUUGUACCAGAAUCACCACUCUCGAAGCAAUCAGUUACAACAUGUUUCCAAAAAUUAGCUGAAACUAAUUAUAUUUCUUUCCAAGGGUACUUAAAAUGUGGCAAUUUAGGUUCAUGUAUUUUUUUAUCACCUGCACCAAUGCCCUAUACCAAGAAAACAGAUUUUGAAUUAGUAUCUGGUUUGAUGAUAUCAAAGACCAUAGAAAUCUGUGGAUUUAUAUCUGUAGCAGAUGUUGGAAGCCCCAGUGCAAUAUCCAGGCAUUUAGUUUUACCAUUAGCUACAGAAAAAAGUCCAAGUAUGCAAGGUAUAUCUUUAGAAGAAGAUUCAGACACAGAUGAGAAUGGCGAUGAGGGAAAAAUACCAUCCUUUUGUGUGUUAUUGCAUGGAGCAUUGAAGGUCGAAAAUAUGGUAGCACUCUGUUUGUUGAGCAAUGAAUGGUACGGCUUUAUAUACUCAUGGGCUGAUACAAAAAAGAAGUCAAAUUUAAUGUUAACAGUAUUAGAGCCAGGUCUAGAUGUUGUACCCUGGUUAGGCUGUUUCAACAAUUUAGGGCCAGUUGAUCCAGUUAAAGGAAAUGCUGCUAGUUUUCCAGUUAGACCAAAUGAAAAACGAAGCUACACACAGAAUGCACCUUCCUGGAUUCGUCAGGUUGGAUUACAGUCUGAUAUACAGAAAAUUUUGAGACACGCAAGAAAAUUGCCGGAGAAGACACAAAACUUUUAUAAGGAAGUCAACAGAUUACGCAGAGCAGCUGCAUCUAUGGGUUUUGUGGAACUUUUGGAAGGAUUGGCAUGCAUCUUGGAAAGAGAAUGCACACAACUGCCUCCGAAUUUAAAUCCUGACUGUACAAUUCAAAUGGGUCAUGUAGCAUCUAUGAUAAGGAAACCAGAAUUUCUUGAACUGAGGUAUAAUAUACCACCGGAACGUACAAGAUUCCAACAUGGAGGAUCAUAGAGAAGAAAAUAAUAAGAUUUUUAAUAGUUAUUAAUUUUUAUUAAAAAGACAUUUCAUACACUGUUUUUAAUAUACUGGUUUUCUUGUUC